GGGCGGAGCUGAGGCCGUCUGGGCUGUUCUGAGGAUCGCGCGCUACCCCCCCGCGGCGCCCGCCCUUGCUAGCAGGCUCCUCCCGCCCCCCGCAUUGCUGAUGCUGCUGCUGGCCGACAUGGACGUGGUGAAUCAGCUGGUGGCCGGGGGUCAGUUCCGGGUGGUCAAGGAGCCCCUUGGCUUCGUGAAGGUGCUGCAAUGGGUCUUCGCCAUCUUCGCCUUUGCCACAUGCGGCAGUUACAGUGGGGAGCUCCAGCUGAGUGUGCUUUGUGCCAACAAGACCCACAGUAACCUCAGCAUCAAGGUCGAAUUCGAGUACCCCUUCAGGCUGCACCAAGUGUACUUUGAUGCACCCGACUGCAGAGGGGGCACUUCCAAAGUCUUCCUUCUGGGGGACUACUCCUCAUCGGCGGAAUUCUUUGUCACCGUGGCCGUGUUUGCCUUCCUCUACUCCAUGGGGGCUCUGGCCACCUACAUCUUUCUGCAGAACAAGUAUCGAGAGAACAACAAAGGGCCCAUGCUGGACUUCCUGGCCACAGCAGUGUUUGCCUUCAUGUGGCUGGUUAGCUCGUCGGCAUGGGCCAAGGGGCUGACAGAUGUGAAGAUGGCCACAGACCCAGAGACCAUUAUCAAGGGGAUUCCUAGCUGCCACACGAAGGAGAAUACAUGCAAGGAGAUAAGAGACCCUGUGACCUCUGGCCUCAAUACCUCGGUGGUGUUUGGCUUCCUGAACCUGGUGCUCUGGGUCGGCAACCUGUGGUUCGUGUUCAAGGAGACAGGCUGGGCCGCCCCAUUCAUGCGCGCGCCUCCCGGAGCCCCCGAGAAACAACCGGCGCCCGGGGACGCCUACGGCGAGGCAGGCUACGGGCAGGGCCCCGGCGGGUACGGGCCCCAGGACUCCUACGGGCCUCAAGGCGGCUACCAGCCCGACUACGGGCAGCCCGCCGGCGGCGGUGGCACUGGCUACGGCCCUCAGGGCGACUACGGGCAGCAAGGCUACGGCCCUCAGGGUGCGCCCACCUCCUUCUCCAAUCAGAUGUAGUCUGGUCAGUGCAGCCCGGGAGGACCCCAUGGGUGGGCAAGAGCUCAGGAGAAGGCCUGCCCCCCUUCCCAACCCUACACCCCAGGUCUCCAUCCCUCAAGCCAGGAGACCCUUAACUGUCUUUGACAUAUAUAUAUAUAUAUAUAUAUAUAUAUAUAUAUAUAUACCUAUAUAUAUAUCUUACAUAUAUAUAUAAAUAUAUAUAGAUAUCUAUUUGUCUGUCUGAGCCCUGCCCCCACUCUACUCCCCUAAUGCAUUAAGACCCCAAUCUUAAGGGGGCUCCUCUCUUACCCCUAGCCCUUCCCCUGCAUCCCUUGGCCCCUCUCUGUUCCUUGGCCCUGUGCCCUGAGGUUGGGGAGGACUCUGAAAGGGGGACAGGGAGGAGACACACCUAGGCUGUGUGGAGUGGGUGGGCAUGACUUCAGACUCUGACUUCUCUUCUUCCCCUUCUCCCAACAUUGACCUUGAUUCCUCCAGCAAUGCUUGAACAGGGUCUAUUACAGAAAAUUCAACCCUGAGAAAGGCAGAGAUUGGGGGCUUGGGACCCAAGGUGGUCUUGGAGAGGAACUCUGGGGUGAAGGGGACUAGUAAGCAGGUGGGUUGGGUUCCAGACAUACUGGCAAUGAAGGAGAGGAGUGCCCUAGAGCAUUCUGGAGUGGAGCUUGGAAGGAGGCCGAGGGCGUGGUUCUAGAAAGGGCAGAGCUUUGAGUGAGGCAGCGGGUGGGCCGCAGAGUGGCAAGGCUUGGAGUAGGACUUGGUUCUAUGGAAGGUGUAUGACUUGGGGACUUGGGGGCUUGGGGACAGGGUUUGGGAGAAUGCUGAGAGUUCUAGAAGGGGUGGGGCUUGAACCAAGCAGUGGGUGAGUCUCCAGAGUGGGUGGGUCUUAGACUGGGACCUGAGCCCACGGAAGGGAUGCAGCUUGGAACAUACAGACGACUGAGUUGGAUUCUAAGGGGGCAGGAAAGAAGGGGGAUUCAGGAAUGGGCCGAGCUUGGGUGAGGGCGUGGUCAGGGUUCUAGAUGGAGUGGGGCUUAGAGUGGGGCGGGGCGUGCUUGAUAGUUUCAGAAGGGACAGUGAAAUGGGGCAGUGAAGAAAAUAUGUUUUAAAGUGGCAAGGUUUAGCAGUGGCUAGGGCCUGUGGGAUGGGUUUUGUUAGGGGUGGAGAAGAGCAUCCCUGGCCAAGGCUGGGGACUGAGGGAUCCUGGGGAGAGUGGAGAGGUAUGGCUUGGAGGGCAAGGGGUGGGAUGCAGAAAGAAGUACCCUUGCCCACCCCCGCUACUUGACAGCUAGGUAAUCAGAGGACAGAGCCAAUGGGUCUGUGGGGCCAGCCCACUCCUCUCCCCCUUUUCUCGUGACUGCUCCCUCCCUCCCUCUACACCCCCACCCAUCCCGGGUGGUUGGAGGCUUGAUCUGGACCCCCUAUUCUACACCUUCUGCUGUGUCUGUGAUGUCAGUAGUGCCUGUGACCGUGUGUUGCCAUUUUGUCUGGCUGUGGCCCCUCCCCCUUCCCUCCAGACCCUUACUCUUCCCCCUACUCUUCCUGUGCCCUUCGGUAUUGUUUGAAGACUCCCUCCCCGAGGAAGAACAAAUAUUAAAUCUCCUCCCUUAAAUAAACUCCUCAACCACCUAA